UGGAAAAAAAAGGUUCGAGCUUUUUGACGGCUAGUAAUACAAGGGCAGGGCCGGCUGUUCCCUCCCCUCUCUAUCCUCUUUCUCUCUCUCAUCUUUCUCUCUCUAAAGACGGACCCAGAAGCCUUCUCCUAUUCCGAUAAUGUUAAGAGCAAAGCAAAUUGGAAAUCUCUCAAAUAGUGCUAGGUCCUUCUUUCUUAGUGGGUCGCGAUGUAACGCUGCAGAUGGUAGUAGCUCUUGCACUUGUUCUGAAGAUGAAACUUGUGUUUCGCGAAGGCAGAACCUAAGGCAUGGGGGGAUACUUGCACAAAAUCCGUCUACCUUGGCAUCCAGAACUUCGGCAAGAGUUGGAACUCUCAUUUCAGGAGAUGCAGUGAAAGCAGUUAGUACCGAAAAGGCAAGCAUGCACAACCCGACUUCUCUAAAGCAAGUUAUUAUAUCUCCGAAAAGUUUGGGGAGAUCGGAGUGCGUAAGUUAUGCUAGCACCGUUGAGAAGAACGUGGAACACUCUUCGCCUGUUUUUUCAGACCAGUUUGUUAAGGCAGGUGUUGCAGCAGUGAAUUUUCUGUCUGAUGUAAUGAAUUAUAAAUUUCCGUUAUCUGAUGGAAUUGGAAUAUUUAACAAUAACUUGCCCCAAAAUUGUAUGGUUGAUCCGGCCAGGCUUUCUACUAGUAUCAGAUCAUCGCAUGUGAAUCACGUUAAAAGAAAGAACUUUUCUGGUGUCCAUCCAAGACCAUCUGUUGAGGCAGCAGUGCAGUAUAAUUCCACAAGUAGCACGAAGAGUAAAGACAGUAAAUCCAGUUCAGUUAAGGGUGUAAACAAUGUCCCCAAUACUAGGAAUGGAAACUCGUGGGCAACUCGAAGUGUACCUGCAGAAGCUCGUGAUAGAAGAGCUAUACCGAAUAGAACGAAAGCUUGUCUAAACAGCUUCAAAGCUGAUUUUAGUUCCGACUCGAAUCAGUCUACAGAUGGUGGAAAUGUGGGGUUUGGUAAUAAAGGUUUCAACAGGCCUCCGAGAGAGAUGAAUUUUCCAACAGGAUAUGCUCCAAUCAAGAGGCCAUAUGCAAACACCGCGAAUGUUGUCGAAAGAGUUUCUCACAUGCUGCAUGGGCUCAGGUGGGGGCGAGCUGCUGAAGAGGCUCUUGAAAAUCUCAACUAUGCGAUGGAUGCAUUUCAGGCCAACCAAGUACUAAAGCAACUUCAAGACCAUAAUGUUGCUCUUGGAUUCUUUUAUUGGUUAAAACGGCAAGCAGGGUUCAAGCACGACGGGCACACUUACACCACAAUGGUCGGCAUCCUUGGUCGUUCCAGAGAGUUUGGUGCCAUAAACAAAUUGCUCCAUGAGAUGGUGAAGGAAGGAUGUCAACCAAAUGUUGUCACGUAUAACCGUCUUAUUCACAGUUAUGGCAGAGCAAACUACUUGAAAGAAGCAAUUAAUGUGUUCAAUCAAAUGCAAAACGCAGGGUGUGAGCCUGACCGCGUGACGUACUGCACACUUAUUGACAUCCAUGCUAAGGCUGGUUUUCUUGACGUUGCUCUCCGUCUAUACGAUAGGAUGCAACAAGCCGGGCUUUCUCCUGAUACAUUCACUUACAGUGUCAUAAUCAACUGUCUAGGGAAGGGAGGUCACUUAACUGCUGCCCACAACCUGUUUUGUAAGAUGGUCAGUGAGGGUUGUGUUCCUAAUUUAGUCACCUACAAUAUCAUGAUAGCUUUGCAAGCCAAAGCAAGGAACUAUGAGACUGCGUUGAAGCUUUACCGGGAUAUGCAGAAUGCGGGUUUCGAUCCAGAUAAGGUUACUUACAGCAUAGUAAUGGAGGUGCUUGGCCAUUGUGGGUAUCUUGAGGAAGCAGAAGCUGUUUUCGUUGAGAUGAGACACAAGAACUGGGUGCCUGAUGAACCAGUCUAUGGUCUUUUAGUGGAUUUGUGGGGCAAGUCAGGUAACAUUGAGAAGGCUUGGGAAUGGUAUCAAGCAAUGCUUAAUGCAGGGUUGCAGCCUAAUGUGCCCACUUGCAAUUCUCUCCUCAGCGCUUUCCUUAGGGUGCAUCGGCUGACGGAGGCCUACGAGUUGCUGCAGAGCAUGGUGGAUUGGGGCCUCAACCCGUCUUUACAAACUUAUACUUUGCUACUGAGUUGUUGUACAGAAGCACAGUCACCAUAUGACAUGGGGUUUUGUUGCAAGCUCAUGGCAACCACGGGCCACCCCGCGCAUACAUUUCUGCUGUCCAUGCCAUCUGCGGGACCUGACGGUCAGAAUGUUCGAGAUCAUGCGAGUAGGUUCUUGGAUCUGAUGCAUAGUGAGGAUAGAGAGGGCAAGAGGGGACUUGUGGAUGCAGUGGUGGAUUUUCUCCACAAGUCGGGGCUAAAGGAGGAGGCUGGCUCGGUUUGGGAGGUGGCUGCACAAAAGAACGUGUAUCCAGACGCGGUCAAGGAGAAAAGCUCUUGUCAUUGGCUCAUCAAUCUCCAUGUUAUGUCGGAUGGUACUGCUGUAACGGCACUUUCAAGGACGCUCGCCUGGUUUCGUCGUGAAAUGCUAAUCUCUGGAAUUUGUCCAAGCCGGAUUGAUAUUGUGACGGGAUGGGGCCGCAGAAGCAGGGUCACUGGAGCUUCUCUGGUGAGGCAGGCUGUGCAGGAACUGCUGCGUAUGUUCAGCUUCCCAUUCUUUACUGAAAAUGGCAAUUCUGGGUGUUUUGUGGGCUGCGGCGAGCCUCUUAAUAGAUGGUUGCUCCAGUCUUAUGUGGAGCGAAUGCAUUUGUUGUAGACGUUUAUGUACCGCCAUUAUCGUGGAAAACACAGUUUUGUAGCCCCCGGAGGGAGGAGCGGAGCCUGGUAAUGCCCGUUGUGUACAGUUUUGUAUUGAAACUGGAUCUUGAGAUUUUUUUUCCUGGUACUGGAUUUUUAACUUAAAUGAGAAGUUUUUUAUCCUCUAUCUAUAUAUGCUUCUAAUAAUCUGCAGAACUAAAAAAUCAUGUCGUUUUCAUGGUGUUUAGUAGUCAUAUCUCGUGAUAUAUGAUGGAUAACCAAAU